UAAAUAAACACAAACGUAAUUUAAGACCGUUUAUAUCUCACUUUCCUUUUUGUUUUUCCCAACACAACACAAACAAACAACAAUGGCCACCCUUUCACCUCUCUUCCUCCUCCUUCUCUUCCACCACCUCGCCGUCACCGUCACCUCCAUCGGCGUUAACUACGGUACACUCGGUGACAAUCUACCACCACCAACAACCGUAGCAAAUUUCUUAAAAACAAACACAAUUAUUAACAGUGUUAAGAUCUUUGAUGUUAAUCCUGAUAUUAUAAAAGCUUUUGCUAACACUGGUAUUUCCGUUACCGUAACGGCACCUAACGGUGAUAUUUCUUUGUUGACAAAAAUUGAUGCUGCUAGACAAUGGGUUGUUACAAAAAUUAAACCUUUUGUUCCACAAACGAAGAUUGAUUAUAUUCUUGUUGGUAGUGAAGUUCUUCAUUGGGGUGAUACUGUUAUGGUUAGAAACCUUGUUCCUGCUAUGAGAACUCUUCAUUCUGCUCUUCUUGCUGAGGGUAUUACCGACAUUAAGGUUACGACGGCACACUCAUUAGCUAUAAUGCGACAAUCAGUCCCACCAAGUGCAGGCCAAUUCAGACCAGGUUACGCAAAACACGUAUUAGCACCAAUGUUGAAGUUCCUACAAGAAACAAAAACACCUUUUAUGGUAAACCCAUAUCCAUAUUUCGGUUACAAUCCAAAGAAUGUGAACUUCGCGUUAUUCAGACCAAACCGCGGAUUAGUUGACAGGAACACCAAACUGACAUACACAAACCAAUUCGACCUAUUAUUGGACGCGGUUCAUUCGGCAAUGAAGGCGGUUGGGUUUGGUGAUGUUGACAUUGCCGUCGGUGAGACGGGUUGGCCUUCUGUUUGCGAUGGUUGGGAUGCUUGUAGUGUGGCUAAUGCUCAGAGUUAUAAUGGACAGUUGGUUAGGCAUUUGGAGGAAGGAAAAGGGACACCGUUGAUGCCAAACCGGAAGUUUGAUACUUAUCUUUUUGCUUUGUUUAAUGAGAAUCAGAAACCCGGUCCAAUUGCUGAGCGUAAUUGGGGUCUCUUUAGGCCUGAUUUCUCUCCUGUUUAUGACUCUGGUAUCUUGCGCAACGCACAGAAACCAGUAGCACCAGGACGAGGAGGAGGAGAAACAAAACCAUUGCCGACUCCUGCUCCUGCAGUUGGAGAGCAGAAAUGGUGUGUGCCGAAGCCAGAUGCAAAUAACGAAGCAUUACAAGCGAAUAUAAAUUAUGUUUGCAGCCAAAAUGUUGAUUGCAAGCCAAUCCAACCUGGAGGACUUUGCUAUGCUGCCAACGACGUUAGGACUCUUGCCACUUAUGCGAUGAAUGCUUACUAUCAAGCUAAUGGAAGACAUGAUUUCAACUGCGACUUCUCUAACUCUGGUGUUGUUACUUCUAUUAAUCCAAGCCAUGAUAAUUGCAAAAUCUGAGCAUGUUUCUUGAGGGAAAAUGGUGACUUUUGAGUUGGUGACUUAGUGACUAUGCAUGCAUUCAUGUACUUGAUUAUUUAGUGUAUAUUAUUGUGGAAAAUGGAUGUUAACAAUUGCAUGACAUUUCAUGCUUAAUUAAAUAUAUGCUUCAUUUGUUUCAAAAAAAA